AUGGCAUCCAUUUAUAGGCCAUUUAAGGCCACGGAUCUUUUUCGCAUUUCCAAUAUCAACCUUGACAGCUUUACCGAAAACUAUCAAGUAGAGAUGUAUCUUUAUUACUUGGCUAGAUGGCCAGAGCUUAACAUACUAAUUGAAUCGCCUUCUGGCAUUCCCAUGGGAUAUGUGAUGGGGAAUGUUGACGGAGAAGGCGACCAGUUCCAUGGGCAUGUGACAGCCCUCACCGUGUCUCCUCUGUUUAGAAGACUAGGGGUUGCUGAAAGGCUCAUGCAGUUACUGGAGGAGGUGUCGGACAGGAAGAAUGCCUAUUUUGUCGAUCUAUUCGUCAGACCUUCAAAUGUGCUCGCCGUUUCCAUGUACAAAAAAAGAGACUACGUGGUGUACCGGACAAUUUUGGACUAUUAUUCGGGAGGCCCCACUAAAGGCCCCGAAAACGCCUAUGGUGGGCAUUUUCGCAACUCUUACCGUUCUAGAUAUGCGCAGAUCUCUGUCCCGCGAUCCCCAAAGGCUUUCCAUGGUACCGGCUUCGAAAAGCCCCAUCCACAGCAAUGA